UGGGAUUCCGGGUUUUUGACAGAAUCCAACGUGUCGCGUCGCGAAGAGGCGCGGAGGCAAGGUGAACAACGAGUGCGGUGUGCGGACGUGUCGCAGGAGUAUUUCGUCAGGGGAGCCGAGUGUGUGGAUGAAUUAAAGUCACCGCGCGUCACCCAUCUGCCGAACGACGGAGACCUCGCAUCGAAGAAUACGCCGAUCUUCAGCCCGACAACGCAAGACAGAACACGACAGAACGGAAAGAUGAGUACGUCAGCGUCACUAGUACUUUCCGUAUUUCUCGGAAUCGUAUGUGCUGUUACAGCGCUGAAAGAAGGUGACUGCGAAGUAUGCGUCGCUGUUGUGGACAAAUUCAGUCAGACACUAACGGAAGACCUCAAAAGUGACCCCAAGAAGAUCGAAGCAAAGUUUCGAGAAUUCUGUAAAGGCACUAAAUCAAAAGAAAAUAGAUUUUGUUAUUACUUAGGAGGAUUAGAAGAAUCUGCCACUGGCAUCCUAGGCGAGCUCAGUAAACCGCUGUCGUGGUCCAUGCCCGCGGACAAGAUAUGCGAGAAGUUAAAGAAGAAAGAUGCUCAAAUAUGCGAUUUGAGAUUCGAGAAACAAAUCGACCUCAAUACGGUAAAUCUGAAGAAGCUGAAGGUACGCGACCUGAAGAAGAUCCUGAACGACUGGGAAGAGACGUGCGAGGGUUGCAUAGAGAAGACGGACUUUAUCAAACGGAUCGAGGAGCUCAAACCCAAGUAUUUUAGCAGCAACUCGAAGGCGGAGCUCUGAAGGAGGAUUGUCUUCGACUUAGACAAGCAAUUUACGUUAGGAUGGCUAAAAUUUCUGUUUCUUCAAUCUACGGAGGAAUUGUUUACAGCAUUUAGGAUAUGUAUUUAUCCGUGUCUAUAUACGAUUCGCGUAUAGCUUCGUUCUGAAAAGGUUCGUCUUUAUAUGACAGUCUCUUGAACUAAGGGCAUUUAGUUUCCAUUAAAUGGAUUAGAUAUUAAGCGAGAAUUAGCGUGAGAGGCAAACGGUAAUGGACAAAUUUUUGUUACACUACGUUUUUGUAUCUCAAGUAAUUCUGAGGGACACGUUUACGUACUUUAUUAGUAAUCUGAUUUUUUGUUUUGCUCCCCUCCGAGAUAGCCAUGCUAAUGGAUCUAUUUUAUCGAAGGUGCUCCAUUUUGAACAUCAACAUUAGGUGUAAAUUAAUAUACAGCGUUUAUAUACGAGAAAUUAUUUUCACACAGUAUUUAUCUUCAUUGCUCUUCCUCAGGUAGAUAUAGUAAUAAUACGCAAAUCCGUUUGUACGGUAUUUCCGAAUAAUACUUCGUACCAUUGUACGAUGUCGAAACGAUGUAUGUAUUAUAAGAGAUACUUUAUCCGCAACACCGUUGUACGUUACGAAAUUGAAUUUCUUUUCCGUUAUGUGCACACGAAACACGAACAAAAUGUACAAUUAAACUAAUGGAGUAUCUCUCAUGGUCGGUAUCGAUGAACUGUCCUUACUCGAACAGUGCAAGGCUUAACAAUGCCAAUUUUUGAGAUAAGAAAUUAUUUGUAUCGAUAUACACCAACUUUUCCAGUAAAACGAAACAAAAAAAGAGAUGAUAAAAGCGUGUACUUGAGGUACAAUAUCCUAAAAAAUUUUAAAAAUUACGAUAAAUCGCGCAUAAAUAAAUAAAUAAAUAAUUGUAGAUAAGAUAUUGUCGCAUAUCCGAAUGUACUGCUCCGGAAAUUCCAAAAAUGAAUUAUUUAUUUCGUGUGAUAAGACUGCGUAAUUACGUUUUCUAUAUUACAUUCGUGAGUCUUGAUACAAGAGAGCAGAAAGAAAUAAAAGAAAGCAUGUGUGUUGUUA